UCCACUACCCCCCCUUCCCUGCUAUGAUGGCCCGUCAGUAGCAGGUUCCAGACCCCCUGGGGGCAUGUAGGCAGAGCUAGCGGCAACCAGGUGCGCAGAGCCACAGGCGCUCUAGGGCACCCUGGGGGCAGGUUUGCCUGCUGCGCUCUCUGGUGCCUGGGGAAAUGCCCAACUGACGGGCCAGCUGGUGAGGACAAGAACGUUCCCUUCUGACCCGAGUCCGCUGCAUCCAUGGCGCUGCCGGCCAGUCUGGUGCCCCUGUGCUGCUUAGCACUUCUGGCGCUGCCGGCCCAGAGCUGCGGGCCGGGCCGGGGACCCGUUGGCCGGCGCCGCUACGUGCGCAAGCAGCUGGUGCCGCUACUCUACAAACAAUUUGUGCCCAGUGUGCCCGAGCGGACCCUGGGCGCCAGUGGGCCGGCCGAGGGCAGGGUGGCACGGGGCUCCGAGCGCUUCCGGGACCUGGUGCCCAACUACAACCCCGACAUCAUCUUCAAGGAUGAGGAGAACAGUGGGGCAGACCGCCUGAUGACGGAGCGUUGUAAAGAGCGGGUGAACGCUCUGGCCAUUGCGGUGAUGAACAUGUGGCCUGGAGUGCGCCUACGGGUGACCGAGGGCUGGGACGAAGACGGCCACCAUGCUCAGGACUCACUCCACUACGAAGGCCGUGCUUUGGAUAUCACAACGUCCGACCGCGACCGCAAUAAGUAUGGGUUGCUGGCGCGCCUGGCAGUGGAAGCCGGCUUCGACUGGGUCUACUACGAGUCGCGCAACCACGUCCACGUGUCGGUCAAAGCCGAUAACUCACUGGCGGUCAGGGCAGGAGGCUGCUUUCCGGGAAAUGCCACGGUGCGCCUGCAGAGCGGCGAGCGGAAGGGGCUGCACGAACUGCAUCGCGGAGACUGGGUGCUGGCAGCAGACGCGGCGGGCCGGGUGGUGCCCACGCCGGUGCUGCUCUUCCUGGACCGGGACUUGCAGCGCCGGGCCUCUUUCGUGGCUGUAGAGACCGAGCGGCCCCCGCGCAAGCUGUUGCUCACACCAUGGCACCUGGUGUUCGCCGCUCGAGGGCCGGCGCCCGCGCCAGGCGACUUCGCACCGGUGUUUGCGCGCAGGCUGCGGGCGGGGGACUCGGUGCUGGCGCCCGGCGGAGACGCGCUUCAGCCGGCUCGCGUGGCCCGCGUGGCACGGGAGGAAGCCGUGGGCGUGUUCGCGCCGCUCACAGCGCACGGGACGCUGCUGGUCAACGACGUCCUGGCCUCCUGCUACGCGGUUCUGGAGAGUCAUCAGUGGGCACACCGAGCCUUUGCUCCCUUGCGCCUGCUGCACGCGCUGGGGGCGCUGCUUCCGGGUGGGGCCGUCCAGCCGACUGGCAUGCAUUGGUACUCUCGGUUCCUCUAUCGCCUGGCGGAGGAGCUGCUGGGCUGAGCAUUGCAGGCAGGCAUAGAAACCUUGAGGCAUCCACCGAAAAGGGAGUGUGCGGGCUGAGACCUGGAGACUGGGCAGCAGGCGAUGCUGCUCGGAAGGGAAGGAGGGAUGGGGAGAAAAAUGGAGGCGACAGAGUGACUACCUGGGAAGAGGUGAUCCCAGGUUCUAAGUCGGUUGAUGGUGGAUACUCCUUUGACUAGGACUAUUUUGUCUCUUCUUCCCCAGAGCCUCAGCCCCACCUGAUUAUUUUAUUUUCUAUUUAUAAAUUGUAAUAUAAUGAUCUGCUUGCCAUGCCUGGCAAGAUGAGGGGCGGGGGCCCGGCGUUAACACUGUCUGACACAGCCAGUCAAUCUGACAUCUGACAUUAUCCUAUAGGUGGGCUAAUAAAGGGAUGGCAUCCAGGAGCUUAUUGGAAAAUAUCUCUAUUCAGAGGGUGAUUCACCUCCAGAAGGAGAGAGAAAGGGGACCAACCCCGAGGUCAAUACCUUACUUACCACUCCUCCCUCCUUCCCCCGCAGGCCUUCCUGCCUGCUUCCACAUCUCAGGCGAGUGUCCCAAUCGCUCAGCAACCUCGACCUGAAGAGUCAUGCUCUUUUCUAGGUUACUGGUCCCUCCUGCCACCCAGCGAGGACCAGCAUUCUGUCAGUAGAGUUGCAUGCCGGCUGUUGAAGGAUCCAGGUUGUCUUAAGGAGGGAGAUGGCCUGUGUGAACCUUUUCUCUGCUUAUAGGGUUCUAGUGGAGGCUGAGGCCAUUGUGCCUACUGAUACUGAAAUAAUUCUGGACCCCAACUGUUAGCCUGAAGUCCUGGUCCCUCUGUCAAGUCCAUGAAAUGAAUCAUUCUAGCCGCCACCCCACCCUGGUGUCAGGGUCUAGAUGGGGCCAAUGUUUUUUUCUGGGAUGUCACUGGACAAGUUGACGACUGAUGGGAAUUCCUAGCUAAGUGAUAAUUGAUAGUCCCCACACACUCUUGGUUAAGAGAAAGAGCUGAAACAUAAGGUUGGAACCUCUCCCCUCCUGAAGCUGCUGUGCACAGAGAAUGCUUCAGCCCUAUAUGGGAGGUUUAUGGAAGGAAGUGGGGGAAUAGGCUUUCCAGGCAAGGGCAUAUCGGUAUUACAACCAGAGCCCCCUUCCUGAUCUCCUAUCCUGAUUGUUGUUUCUACUGGCUUCCUUCACUGUCCCAUUCUAGCAUUAUCAGGGCUCUGGAAUCUCUGGGGUCCAACGUAGUAGACACUAGGAAUCCAGGCAGGCAGGUGCCCCUGACUUAGGAAUGGAAGCUCCAAGGAAGUUGGACUGCACUGACAGGGGAGUGUCCAGGGCCUGGUGGAUGGUGGGCGUUGGUGGUACCACCAGGAGCGCGCCCUUCCCUGAACAGCUGUGCUAUCACAGCCCUCAGGGUCUCUGCUAUACACUGCCCUCUAGUGGCCUUUGGAAUGGGUUCUCUUCCAGACCAAAGGAAAGAGAGAGCUAUAUACUACGUGGAUAGGUAGACUAAAUCUAUACAUACAGAGGAGCCUUAUCCCACUAGUCUGGAGAUGGAGGGUAUGGCUUGUGAACCUACUAUGCUGAGCCACAGGUGUUGGGGCUGGUGAGGAGCACACUUGCCUCUCGUCAGGACAGCCCUUAGAAACUGGCACUUUUGCAUCGUUUGUCCCUGGGUCAGCUCUUGUGGCUCCUGGAAGCAAUGUGGGGGUAUAGCUGUGACCUGAAGUAGUCCAGACUUCUGUAUGCAUCCAAGUUGCCCCCUCAACUCCCUCACCCUUGUACGUUUGAGUUCAGUAGCUGGAGGUGAAAGCAUACUUAGGGUUCCAGGGAGUGCUUGAUAAAGGCAACAUUCAGAAGCAAGCUAAGUUUACCUUUAGUGUCUUGCUACCUACCAUUUCCCCCAGCCCACAGAAGGUGCCUAUUGCCACCUUCCUGCUCCUUUCCUGAUCUCAGAAACACCCUCCGAGCUGUGGACCUUUCCUACUUUCUUUCUAAACCUGUCCUUGUCUCCCUCUGUUCAUCCAUGAUGCCCUCCUGUCAUGUCACUCCAGGUAAUGACUGAACUGAUGAACUAGUCUUCCUUCUUUGAGAGUUCUUUGUUUUUACUACCCAUCCCAGAUAAUGCAUAUAUGUUAAAGGUCUGCUGAAAAUAAGGCCUGAACCGUAAGAUCAUAAGGUGCUGAUUCCUAGCACUUUGAUAAAUUGGGCAGGGUGAUAUUUGAGGACCAGGAGAACUGAUUGGUUUCCCUUAAACUAUAUCCUGUAUUCUUCCCAGGCCUGAGGCCCACCUUUCAUUCCUCAUUAUCCUUGUCCCCUUAAGGCCCUCCCAGCUACCUAAAAAAAAUCCACUAUCUGCCUUUAAGCAACAAAGAGCACCAUUUCUAGGAAGCUGGCCAGGAGGGCAUAUUCACUUGGUCACACAACAUCUCCAAUUGCUGGCCUCUUCUCAUCAACAAAAUAGGCAAUGAGGAUUAGGGAAAGGGCAUGGCUUGAAAGUCAGGCAGACCCAGAGAUAAUGAUACCACCUUGAUAGCAUUGUUGGUAAGAUCAGUGUAUGUGCCCAAUGUGGAAUAGGCACUUAGGAAAUGUUUGCUCUGCACCCAUUCCUCGUCGACUUUGCUGCAUUCUGCUGUCUGUCUGCUUCUCACUACUCCACUAGAAUCAUUAUCAAUGGUUCCCAAACUUUUGGAGGGUUGUGUUGUCCCUACAACUGUUUGAUUUCAUAACAUUCCUUUCUUCAAAAGGUGCUGGGUGACAGAUGUGGGUUUGCUUUAGAAUUAAAGUAUAAUUAAAAGUAAUCUUAUUUUGACAAUUUCCAGAGCAUUUUGUGAUAAUCCUGGCAAGACCUCUCUGCGCACUGGGGAAACCAGAGUUGAGAGCCACUGCUUCAAGGUUCUGAUUACUUUUUUCUCACUCAGAAUCUAGACUUUUUUUUACCCCCUUCCUUUCUUCAAGCAGGAUUUACUGAACAUCUACAGUGUUCAGUGUUCAGCACUGUAUGAGGCACUAAAAAAAAAACAACAAGAUUUAGAAACUUCUUUCAGGGAGGAGUAGACAUAAAGGUAUACAAUGGUUAACCGCCAUAGCAACAUAGUUACUUAAUCAGGAUGAGUUGCACGGAUGGUAAAUGUCAUAUGAGUACCGAGAGGCUUUGUAGAGAAAGUAGGACCUGAAUAGGUUGAUAAACCAUGUAUAGGUGGCUGAGACCAGAAUGGGCAUUCCAGGCAGAAGUAGCAAGAUGAACUUGGAAUUUGGAAUGAAGAUGUGCUGGCUGGUUAGAGCAAGAGAUGAGCAGGUCUAACUGUAUGUAGCUAAUGUUUCCUGAGAGCUUGCUACAUUACCAGGCCAUGUUCUAGCACUUUACACGCAUUCUCAUUUAAUUCUCACAAUAACCUUAUGAGAUUCUAUUACAGAUGAAGCGACUAAGGCAAAAAGAGGUCUAAGUCACUUGCCCAAGUUACCACAGCUAAUAGGAGGUAUAACUAGAGCAAGAAAACAAGAAAUAAAACUAUCCUGAUGGAUAGGGUCACAUCCAAUGAGGUCUUACCUUACGCUAUUUUUGACUCUUCCUCAUUCCCUUCAUUGAGUCACUAAUAAGUCCUAGCUUUCUGACAGUAGUUUCUCUCAUUUUCAUUGGCUCUUCCUCCAGCCUGGGAGGCUGUCUUCCCUAACUAAAGCUACCUAGCCACUAGUUAAGGAAACAUGUAUAUAUAGGUUCAGGUUUUUGGCAGGAAUCCACAGCAGGCUGGUGUACCAACACAGAAAGCAAAAGAAAAGUCUUAGCUUUUUCUGGAGUAGAGGAGAGGGGAGAUUGAGAUUUGUUAUGUUAUGUUUGAUGUGUCCCCAUUCCCCCCACUCCCAUUCUUAUGUUGAAACCCUGAUGCCCAUGUGGCUGUACUGGGAGAUGGGGCCUCUAAGUAAGUAAGUAAGAUCAAAUGAGGUCGUUAAGAGUGGAGUCCUGAUCUGACCGGAUUAGUGUCCUUGUAAGAGGAGAAACCAGGGAGUUUGCUUAACAUGCACCAAGGAAAGGCCAUGUGAGAACAUAAUGAGAAGGUAGCCGCCUGCAGGCCAGGAAGAGAGCUCUCCCCAGAAACCAAAUUGUCCAGAACCUUUAUCCUGGACUUUUCUAGCUCCAAAACUGUGAGAAAAUAAAUGUUUGAUGUCUAAGCCACCCAGUCUAUGGUAUUUUGUUAUGGCCCCAGUAGACUAAUACAAGUUUCCAGAAAUGUUUGAAUAAGAAGCCGGUGUGAAGAUGGGUCUUUACUUAAUGAAAACAAUCAACUCUGCUUGGAAAUUGGCAUUUCUGACUUGCUGCCUUGACGUAUUUAUACCUCACUGUGCUUUUGUAUUGGAGAAUGCUUCCUUCUCUGGCUGGUAGACUGAAGCAGCUGUCUAUGGGAAAAAGACUAUGGCUGGUCAGGGUAUUUCCCUGAGGGGGAUUUUGUGACCACCUAGCAUGUUCAAACUCUCCUUUCCCUGUUAUUUUCUUUAUACAUUACUUGGUUGAUGCAUGCAAAUGAACAUCUCCCAUGAAGGAGCUAUAUCUUCAAUAAGGUUUUACUGAGUACCUGCUAUAUGCCAAAUAUUUUGCUGUACCAUGGGGACAGGACAAUAAAGUCGGCUAUGGCUCUUACCAUUCACCUGGUAAGACAGAUAUAAGUGGUUGCAAGGUUGUUGAAGGUGGUGAAGGAGAUGAGAAGUGAUGUAUAAUCUGAGGCCUGAGAGAUGGGUGAGAGUACAAGCAGGGGAAGCAGCAUGUACGAAGGCCUGGAGUUGGCAGCAGGAGUAAGAUGAAUCUGAGGACUGUUGACAAGUACAGUAUAUAGAGCGAGAGGGACACAUGAUCCACUUUAAGGAUUUUCAAUUUUGUCCUAAACGAAAGCAACUGUAGGGUUUGAAACAGGUAAGGGGGAAAAUCAAACUUGCAUUUUAAAUAGGAAUUUGGCAAUUGUAUGGGGUUUGGGGAGUCGUCUUUAUUCCUAAGUAGGUUGGUCCACACCCGAGCAUGUGAGUGAUGCUAGUUCUUAUCACAAGUAGCCAAUGAGGCCAUCCCCACAUAGAGUGUGUUACAGGAACAGAUGGUAGGGGCCACUGUAGGGAAAUUGGAGCAGGACAGGUUGGGAUAAGAACAGAACUGAGGGAGCUACCUCCAGCCCUGGCUUUGCUGUCUCUGAAACCCAAACACAAACCAUCUCUCAGCUUCUCUCCUUGGGACCACAUAACCUAAGAACAGUUGUCUGAUUGCAAACCACAUGUUGUCCAAACAGAAGACCUUGGAACUGGGACUUUUUCUGCUAUUUUCUUUUGCUUUCCAGCGAUUCUUUCAGCAGAGCAUUGGCUUAGCUUGGAGCUGAUUGCCCUGAGCUGAGCUGGAGCUGCCACCCUGAAAGCCACGUCUGGGAUGAACUUUGCAGCUGCCCAGGGAACAGCUGGUUAAGCCCUCAGCAACUGCAGCAGCUGGGAUUCCACCCAACAUUUGAGCUAGGAUUAAUCCCAUUUCCUCCACACACAUCCUUUCCUUGUUCUAGUUGCUGGCUAGUCCAUAGUAGCUCGUAGAAUCUUUGAGACUAGAUAACUUGGAUCUCCCUGGCUAAGCUGGAGACAAAGUCACUCACCUUUCUCUUCUCUUGGAGGCAGCUGGCCCAAAACCCCUUAGGACCACCACAGGAGGGAGGGUAUGGAUCUUUCUCUGUCAUGUAUCUUCCUUUCCCUCACCCUUUUCAUCCUCUGAUAAACUGUCUAGGAUGGUUAUUCUUUGAAAUGUUUGAUUUUCAUAACCAUUAGAAUUGUCUAAAGCUGAAGGAGCUUAUUAGGCGGGUGAGGAGGUGGAUUUCUGUUAUCUUUGCAAGACUGUACCAAGGCCGGGAAACUUGGUGGGAGUGUUGCAGGAGGAGCAAACAUCCUACAGGUGGCUGUCACUUUUAAACUGUGAUUGCGUCUCACUGAACUGUGAUCCUAUAGUUGAGAACAAUAGAUUUGUAUAUUCUCUUUGGUGCUUGUGCACCAGCUGUGUGACCUUGAGGAAAUCACUUAGUAAGGGAUGCCAGAGGCUACAAUGAGAUGCUUCCAAGAAGUUGGAAGUAAGGAGGUGCUCUGAGAUUUAAACAAGGCAAAUUAAGACACAAAAGGACAAGGCAAUUCCUCCCAGGUCCAGAUACUUGACUACCUCCCUUCAGCAAAUAUUUGUUAACCCCCUGAAAAGGCUGAUAGGCAUUGUAUUAUGCUAAAGAUUUUUGACAUUUUUCUAGAGAAAAUGGCAAUGGUCUUAAUGGAUUAAAUUAACUUAA